GAUUACUAGUGUGAUUCUGUAUUAGUUAAGACGUAAUAUUUGUUUGAGUUUAUAUGUACUAAUUCAUUGAACAUGAUCACUUUAAUCUGGUUGGGUGUACUUCUGGUGACAUUGACGUUGCACCUCAGGAAGGUGUACUCAAGGUUCAAGGAUUAUGGCGUGAACCACUUCACGCCGAUCCCGGUGUUAGGAAACGCUGGUCCAAUAACAGUGCGACUUCGGCACGUGGCUGAGGACUUCGAUAUGGUGUAUAAAGCUUUUCCAGAGGACAGGUUCACAGGCAGAUUUGACUUGCUGCGGCCCACGGUUAUCAUCAAAGAUUUGGAACUCAUAAAGCAGAUCACUAUAAAAGACUUUGAGCAUUUCCUGGACCACAGAGCUUUGGUUGAUGACACCGCUGACCCAUUCUUUGGCAGAAACCUAUUCUCUUUGAGAGGUCAAGAAUGGAAAGACAUGCGGUCCACGUUGAGUCCUGCUUUCACCAGUUCCAAGAUGCGUGGAAUGGUCCCUUUUAUGGUGGAAGUUAAUAACCAGAUGAUUGAUAUGAUUAAAAAAAAAAUUGCGGCUAAUCCGGAUGGGUACCUCGACUGUGAAGGUAAAGACCUGACAACUCGCUACGCUAAUGACGUGAUAGCAUCCUGUGCAUUCGGCGUCAAGGUGGACUCCCAUACCAAUGAGGAAAAUCAGUUCUAUCUUAUGGGUAGGGACAUGGCGGAUUUUGGAUUCCGAAAGAUUAUGGUAUUUCUCGGUUACUCUUCGUUUCCGAAAUUAAUGAAGAAAUUCAACGCCAAACUUCUGUCUGAUGAGACUGGACAUUUCUUCACUGAUUUAGUUCUCAGAACGAUGGAAGACCGUGAGGUUAAAGAAAUUGUGAGACCUGAUAUGAUUCAUUUACUGAUGGAGGCAAAAAAAGGCAAACUUUCUUAUGAUGAAAAAAGUACUAAAGAGGCUGACACUGGAUUUGCAACAGUCGAAGAAUCCGAUGUCGGAAAAAAGACUAUCAAUAGAAUCUGGUCCGACACCGAUUUGAUUGCCCAAGCAACUCUCUUCUUCGUGGCGGGCUUUGAGACUAUUUCGUCGGCGAUGUCGUUUGCACUCCACGAGUUGGCUUUGAACCCUGAAAUUCAGGACCGUCUGGUGCAAGAGAUCAAGGAAAACUACGCAAAGACUAGGGGGAAAUUCGAUUUUAACUGUAUUCAAGAUUUGACUUACAUGGAUAUGUUUGUGUCGGAGGUACUUAGAUUGUGGACUCCGGUAGUCGGCAUGGAUCGUCUCUGCGUCAAAGAUUACAAUCUGGGAAGAGCGAACAAAAACGCCACUAAAGAUUUUAUCCUCCGCAAAGGCGAAGGAUUGUCUAUCCCGACCUGGUCAAUCCAUCACAAUCCUGAAUACUACCCCGAACCCUAUAAAUUUGACCCUGAGCGCUUCUCCGAGGAAAACAAACGGAACAUCAAACCGUUCACUUAUCUACCAUUCGGGACGGGUCCGAGGAAUUGUAUCGGUUCAAGGUUUGCUCUUUGCGAGGUGAAAGUCAUGUUAUACCAGCUCCUGCAGCAGAUCGAAGUUCUUCCGAGCGACAAGACUAAGGUUCGAGCGAAAUUGGCGAAGGAUACCUUCAACGUCAAGAUCGAAGGAGGCCACUGGAUCAGACUCAAGCUUAGGGAUUAGAUUUUCAAAUAAAUUGUUUUUACUGUUGUUUA